UAUUGAAGUCAAUAAAGGUCUUCGUUGAGGAUAGACGCGGUUGUCAAGACAGUACGCCCAUUGCCAAUACCAUAUAAGAAAAGUCUGGAAGAAAAAGAUAUUCAAGAUGAUGGAGGAUUUAAAGAGAUAUAUGAUGAAGGUUAUGGCCAAUGUUGAUGGUCUAUAUGCUAUUGUUGUAACAGAUAGAGAUGGUGUUGUUAUGUUAAAAGUUGCAAAUGAAAGUGUACCAGACCAAGCCACCCGUCCACCGUUUCUUUCUGUAUUUGGUGCAAUGAGUGAUCAAGCGAGUAAAUUAGGAUUAGGAACAAAUAAAUCUAUUCUUUCUUUGUAUGAAAAUUUCCAGGUUGUACAAAUUAAUAAGUCGCCAUUAUUAGUUACAAUGAUAGCCACUAGUGAGGCAAACACAGGUGACAUUUUAAAAUUAGAAAAAGAAUUUGAAGAAAUAUUUAUAGAUUUAACCAAAGUUAUUCAGAUGACAUGAACAAAGACAGUUCAAUAUUCAUCUCUAUAUAGAUAAAUUGUAUUAUGUUUUGUAUACAAUUCAGAUCGUUCUAUUUUAUGAACAACCAUUGCAAAAAUAUCUGAUUCUUGUAUUGCCAUCCAGUAUCAUAGGGCAAUAUAUAUACAUCAAUGUGUAUUGGAAUAUGUAUUGCAAUAUAUUAUAAAAUAAUCCAUUUUCAGGAGAAAGCAUAUUUUUAUUAGAUGACAACCACCUGUUGGUGCAAUUUUCCAUAAUUUUCUGAACUUUUUAAAAAAUAAAAUAUUAGAUUUGGUUAGAAUAUUGGAUUACUACUGUAAAAUACCAGUAAAUAGAGGUUUAAAAUUAUCAAUAUUUUACAAAAAUGUUUUGCAGAGUUUUAAUUAAUCAAAUGAAAUAAAUCUGUGUAGAUAAUUAAAUUAAAGAAAAAACAUGAAACAGUCUAUUUGAAAAUAAAGUGAAAGUAGAGUAAAAAAUAUUGAUAUGCCAACUCUUGUAUUGUGAUGCAUAUAGUUGAACUGUACUGCAGUAUAUGGUUAUACAUAUUUGGAUAUAUAACAAAAAACAAAACGAAAUGUAAACAUUGGCUGGAGGUACUUUUUAAUAUCGAAUUUAAGUUGCAAAAUUUUAUUAUUGUUCCAGGAAGUAGAAUUGAUUAGAUUUAUUUAGGUCAGAGUUAUUCUAAUUUUUCUGAAGUAUCAGCAUUCAUUAAAAAUGACAAAUAGUGUAUUUUGUAGUAUAGUAAACUACAUUCUGAAUGUCGGUGUACAUAUUAAGCUUGUUUUAAAAUACAGAUUUGAACUAUCUUGAGGAAACUUUGUUUGUUGUUAUUUUCUGUUAAUAUCUUUUCAUCAUUGUUAUUGUUUGUUUAUUAUUGACAUCUUGCUUGUAUAUACUACUAGUCAUUAAAUUAAAAUGCAAAUAGUUGUCAAAAAAUAGAAUAUAAAUAAAUUAUUGGAGAUAGACUGUCUGUAAAUGCAUUCAUAAUUAAAACGGUUAUAAAAGUAUUUAAUAAAGGCAAAAUGUCAAAGUUUUAGAAUAUUUUUUUCGAACUAACUAUAACUAUAUUGAGAAUUGGUAUUUAAUGGUAUGUCAAUCUGAUUAAAACGCAGAUCCUAUUUCUUUUCGUUUUUUAUAGUUCAAAAUUUUGUUUUAUUUGUCUGUACUACACUAGGAUCUGGAAGAGUUGUUGUAUAACAAGCAUUCUGAAUGGCGCGAGGGAUAAGCCAAUGAAACCAUCUGUUACAGCGACUUCUUGGCGUGCCAUACACGGAACUGUGGGUAAACCACUAGAAAUGUCAACACUGAUUGAUUUAUCAAUGUCUGAUGUCACAGGAUCAAAAGCUGCUCGUACGACUCCUACAACUGUUCAGAUCUUCAUGUAGUGUAGGCCAUCGAAAGUAUAAAAAAACAAAACGAAAUAUAGAUCUGUAUUUUAAUCAGAUUGAUUGUAUGUUAAUUUGAAUUUGCUUAAAUUGUUAGUGAUCAUGUAGAAAUGGGUUGAAAAUCUUAUAUUUGUAUUUAUGUAUAUUAUUUCCAAUUAUUAUAUCCCUAUUAUAACAUUUUCAGCUGAAAUACUAACUACAUAAAAUUGUUGAAAGAAUUAAAUAUCUUUAAAAACGAGAGAUUAAAUAUCUACAACAAUUGUGAGACUUCCAUGUAUACAUAUUUAUAUUGUCUAUUUAAGAAAGAAAAUACUUGUACUGGUAUCUAAUAGGAUCACCAUAUAAUUACAUCUUUUAUAUAUUUUUUAUAUGUCAGCAUUUGAAUGUUGUCCUAUUGUGUUGUUGCCACUGUCUGUGCAUCUGUCUGUGAUCCAUCCAUUGGUCUAUUUUAACAUUUUUUGUUAGCCCAAUAGAGGCGACAAUAACCUUAAUAUCUUUUUGAAAUUGAUAUAGGUUGUCUAUCUUAUUUUAAUGAGAAAGGCUAACUGCUAGAACUGCUAACUGCUAGUGGGUGUAUGUUGCAUAAGUUAACUUUUGAGAUCAAGAUGCUGAAGAAAGAAUUUUGUUUGGAAUAAUCUACACCAGGGAUGUUGCUGUUGUUGUUUAUUCCAGAUUUAAAGUCCAAUAUAGUAACUAUUAUUUUAUGUCCAGGUUGAUUUAAUUAAAUUAUUUACACUUUAAGGGUUGAAAAUUGGUAAAAACACAAAAAUAAAAAAGUUCCUUGUUAUUUGGCAAAUUAUAGUCAGCUGCAGCCAUUUUAUGUUUCAAAAAGCAAUUUGAUGAAACAAUGUAGCUGCGACCAUCUACUUUGACUCAAUUACAAAGAGUUUACUUAUACUUGCUGAUUAAGGAGUCUAUCAGUUUGUCAGCUAAUCCCUAACAGUCAUGCCUUUAUGAGAAUUAGCCAUACUGCGAAUAAUGUCUUAUUAAGUAAGUUCACGAUCACAGUAAUUAAAACUUUCUAUAUAGAUUUAUAUUGUAAGAUAUACAUAAUAUAUGUUAUUAUUGUUGUCAUAUUAUCUAUAUCUCAAUACACCAGAAUCUUUUA